AUGGCACUACCCGAUUCAGGGAGCAUGCAAUCAGUGUCCGACGAUCCUAACAAUCCAUCCAACUGGACCGUGGUUUGGACUGAGCUUCGGGCGCCAAUCGGACAUGAGUCUGAUAAACAACGAUGGGUCGGUUAUUUCCAACCCUUAGUACAUGCAGCGGGCCACAAACAGUCAAUAUGGGCUCGGCUUCGCUUCAACCCGGACAAAGUGAUUCUAGGCACAUGCAACUCAGCGUGCAGGGACUUUGAAAGCUCUCCGUUAGCUCAGCUUUUCAGGGAACAGCUUACGAAUGACGGGAUUACAUUCCUAACAUGUUAUGAGUUCCCCGACGAUUGGUACCAUUGGUUUCAAUCUUUGUUACCCAGACGUUUUAUCUAUAUCUUCUGGGUCUACUUUAAAGUGCCAGUAACGGAAGAGCAAAAGCAAAGGGUUGCAAAAAGCGUUGGUAUUCGCCCGCCUGUUGUGUUAAACCUUCGACCCAACCAAAGACUGCAACCACGUCUUCCCGUGAAGCUAUGGGCUACUCGUACGGAGUACCUGCAUGGUGAAGAGCCACAUAUCUGGAGAGAUGAGGAGGCAGCAUCUUGGAGGCUCAUCAAGUCUAGACACAUUAAUUCCUUUGGUGAGACGAAUGUAGACAAGUUUCAUGGUUUUCUUCGUGAUAUCGGCUCGAUGGAAUUCAAGGAAGACUAUUGUCACUUUGAAGAGCUCCCACGCCUAUAA